GUUUACGUAAAUACAGCCAUGAAAAAUUCAUGUAAAAGACCUGGAUGCCGUUUCGCUGUUACAUCUGGCAUGCAGUGUGACAACUGCAAAGGUUGGUUUCACGAAACGUGCACAGAUCUUACGGCAACGGCUUACAAAAGACUCAGCAAAUCGGACCGUAAGUGGGUGUGCGUCACGUGCAACACGGACGCUGUAGUGCUGCUGAGCAAUAUCAUUGUUCUACUGACAGGUCUGCGGAACAAAUUGUCAGUAAACUUGGAAACAGAUAGCCAUAAAAUAGGUAGGCAAACGAGGGCGCGUAACGAAAAUAAGAACAGGGAUGUUGACAAGUCAACCAUCGAUGGAACGCGCAUUAGCACUAAUGAUGACAUGUUGAAACUCAGCACCAUCAUUACGUCGACAAUAAUUGAUUCCCUCACUAAAAUUGGAUCUCCCAGUUCAGGGUCCUCAAACGCAACGGUGGUUCCUAAAAACUCGGCAGGUGACUGUAACCACGCCAUCAGAGCUAAUAAGGACCAGGUGUCACCGUCCAAGGUUGACAUCCCAAGUGUUGUACGGACAUCAACUGGUGCUUUGAUCGCUCAGUCUACCCCCAAAAAUGUCCGCCCGGUUAUUAAAAAGCCUACGAUUCAAAAACCUGCUUCGACCUCCAAACAACAACGUACUGAAUCUGAACGCACUGGAAGAGCUGGGAAAACAACAACGGUCCGUGAUGACUCCCUCAUAAUCAUGAACCUCAUAGACAAUCCUGACCUUCCUCUCAGUUUGCAGGACAAAAAUGACAGGAUGCUUUGGGGUGAACUGAACAAAAAGCUCGAACUCCCUAGAAUAGAGCCUUUGACGGUCACACGGCUCACUCGGGGAAAGGAUUCUAAACACCAAAAUCAUCCGAGACUACUCCGUGUAACACUCAAGAAUGCUACCGAAGUAGAGGAUGUCCUGCUGGCUAGUCAUCUACUGAAAUCCGAUGGGAACGUCAGAAUACUGCCUGACAUACCAUAUUCUGAGCGCAAUCUCAUCCGAAACGUCCCUAAAGAUUCUCGAGAGAAGUUUUUCCGCGGAAGAAAUAUCAUCGUGCAAGGUGUACCGGAAAACAUGGACCCUACUCAAGCAAACUCUGACAUUCGGGAAUGGAAAUUCAUCAAACAGUCCUUGAGGCUUAAAAACAUACUGUCUCAGCAUGUGAUGAGACUAGCCAAGAAGGAUGGGGAUCCUAGACCCCGACUAUUGAGGAUAACUUUUCCAUCCUCCCAUAUGGCGGCUGCAACUCUGGAAGCAUUUCGUGUCAACAGACGUCGGUUGCCAACUGGGAUCCAUAUGCACCCGGAUAGGCCAUACGACGCCAGGAUCAAGCACAAAGGCAAGCUGGAACUGACCAUUCCACUUGUGGACUGUCUUCAAGACAAAAAAAACGUGUAAAGGACAGGGCCUACCAAUUAGACAAAACUUAUAUAGGUGGGUUACCUGUCCACUCACGCAAGGCUCUCAUAGAUAAACAGGAAGAAGCUCACGCGUUUCAAAUUGAAAGCAUUAACUGCUUAUACAUGAACGCCGCGAGUCUACCAAAUAAAAUGGAUGAACUAAGUGAACUCAGCAACGCUAAUAAAGUUCAUCUGAUAGGAAUAUCUGAAACUUGGAUAUCUCCUCAGUAUUCGGACCAGGAGCUAGCAAUACCUGGGAUGUCUCUGUUUCGCAAUGACAGAAAAACAGGAAUUGGGGGUGGAGUAGCCCUAUACAUAAGAUCUGGCCUGGUGGUACAUCAAAUCCACAACCACGAGUUUGACAAUCUUGAGGAAUCCCUAUGGUGCUCUAUGAGAUUGUCCACUACUUCGAGGUGCUUAGUCGGAGUCAUAUAUAGGAAGCCCACUGCCGACAUCGAGUAUGACAGUCGCAUGCUGGAGGGACUAUCCCGCUCUACGCGUCUCGGCUUUACUCAUAUCCUGAUUCUAGGGGACUUCAAUCUUCCUAGAGUCAACUUCGCGGAACAUACGUAUACUGGAGGUGAAAAUUCAAUCGAAGCUCGGUUCUUCAACCUCAUUGAGGACUUGGGACUACACGAAAAUGUGAAGUCGCACACUCGUUGGAGAAACGGUCAGACACCGUCGCGCUUAGACUGUGUUUUUACAAAUGAAGAAUUUCUAGUCGACAACCUCUCAAUUCUGGCUCCCCUGGGGAAGAGCGAUCACGCCGUUAUAGCCUUCAGUUUCGUCAGCAAAACAGAGCUAAGAUAUCCCGACAACAACAGGCGCU